AUCAAUGUCCAUAUUUCAAAAAGAAGGGAUAGAAAUGGGGACAACUACGGUUUCGUUCGAUUCAUUGAUAUGGAAGGAAAGCAUCAAUGCUCAAGCUGGGACGGAGAGGACUGGCAGUAAGGCGCCAAGGAAAAGAAUUCAGACCACCAAAUGGGUGCAGAAGGGACGGACUAGAAAUGUUGUGGAAGAAGACUCGACAAAAGGCCCAGCUAAGGGAGGGGAAAAGUGGGGGAGGCAAAAAGGGAAAACCAAGACAUUUCUAGAGGCACUUAAGGGAAAAGAGGUGAUCGAAUAUAAGGUGGAAGACAAAGAAUAUGCUUGGCUAGAAGCUUGUGCAGGGGGGCAUGUGAACUCUCUGGAUUGCAUUCCAGCUCUCCAUGAGAUAUUUGAGUUGAAGGGGUACUUUAACAUUGCAGUAAUCCCUUUGGGAGGAAAUAUGGUUCUCCUCAAAAGUGAUGAUACUAAUCUGAUAAGAGAGUAUGUUUAUGCUGAUAAGCAUACUUUAGACCGAAGUUGUCUAGAUGCAGCUAGAAUUUGCAUUACAAUGAUAGGUCUCGCCAAGAUUAACAAGUUCAUAAAGUUGAAAGUGAAUGGUCACGUUUUUAGAAUCAAAGUUUCAAAGGAAAAAUGGAGAUUAGAUCCUGAGUGGUGGUCAUGCAGAGAUAAAAGUGAGGAUGGAGAUGAUAACACCACAGUAUCAAAUUCCAGUUCGAUGGACUUCAUCAAUGACUCCAACGAACUCCUUUCUUGUGGAGGUUCCGAUGAGGAUGGAAUAGAUAGUAUGGAGGAGGUUGAAGAGACAAAUGAACAUCACGAAGAGCGCUACCAACAGUCUCCUUUUGGGAACUUUCAAAAGUCAUAUGCUGAGAGCAUAGGUAACAGUUUAGGGAUUAAUAUGGCGGCUGGAUUGAAAAUGAUCGAUCAGCCGGGAAGGAUUGGGUUGGGUCAAUUUGUUGGGCCACUAAAUAGAGGAAUGUCAAAGGCAAAUGAGGAACAAGACGUUGGGCUUAUGGGAGAUAAAAAUGGAGGAAGUUGGUGCUCGGCUCUGUACAACGCUUUAGGGGGCCCUCGACCUUUUCAGUCAUUGGAUGGGUGGUUAGAAGUUCCAAGAUUUAAAGAAAUCAUUAAGGAGAAAUGGGAGACAGCAUUGGUUGAAGGUUGGGGUGGUUUUAGAUGCAAGGAGAAAUUGAAAGAGUUAAAGAACUUUCUCAAAAGAUGGAAUAAGGAGGUAUACGGGGAGAAAUUGAAAGAGUUAAAGAACUUUCUCAAAAGAUGGAAUAAGGAGGUGAAAGAAGCAAUUCAAGAUUGCAGCAGUGAAAAAGCUCCAGGGCCAUAUGUUCUCAAUUUCAAAUUCAUUAAAUAUGCCUGGGAUGUUCUUGAAGAAGAUAUUAUGAGUUUUAUGAGGGAGUUCCAUGCGAAUAGUAAACUGGUUGAUUUUACAGAAGCCUACAAUUGUGUGAAUUGGGACUUCUUGGAUAACUUGAUGGAGAAAAGUGGAUUUGGGGAAAGGUGGAGGAAAUGGAUUAUGGAAUGCCUGGGUUCUGCCUCAAUAUCAAUCCUAGUUAAUGGUAGUCCAACGGAGGAAUUCAAGUCGGAGCAAGGAUUAAGACAGGGCGAUCCCCUGCAAUGCAAAAUUAGAGUACAUAUGGCAAUCAAAGGAAUAUUGAGAUGGUUUGAGCAAAUGUCUGGAUUGAAAAUCAACUUCAAGAAGAGCAGUCUCAUUGGUCUAAAUACAGAAGAAUCAUGGCUUACUAGGGCAGCAAAGAUAUUGGGAUGCAAAAAGGUAGCUAUUCCAUUUAUGUAUCUUGGGAAAUGGUGGGCAAGAUUUGAAACGGAGCAGAGUAGCCCUUGGAAAAAGGUGAUAGUUGAGAAAUAUUAUGGGAAUGAUAAUGCAGCAGGUGUGGGGAAUGUUAGAAGGAGACAAUUGUCUAAAGUAUGGGCAGAUAUAGUAUCUAUUGGGUUAGAGGGAACAAAAUUUGGAAUUGUAGUGGGCAAAGGACUUAGAUGGGAAGUAGGAGAGGAGAAUAACAUUAGAUUUUGGAAGGACGUGUGGGUAGGUGAUGAUCCUCUAGGUGAGUGUUUCCAAGACUUAGAAAUAUGGAAGGGGAGGAGGAAUUUAUUUGGUAGGGACUAUGAUGAGAAGCAGAAAUUGGUGGAGCUAAUUAGCUCUGCUGGUUUGGUUAAGGAGAAAAAGGGCAGAAGAAUUUGGAAAUUUGAUAAAGACGAACUAUAUACUUCUAAAAAAGCUGAUGCUUUGAUGCUUUCAAGUCAGAGAAUUCUUGAUGCAGAUGUGUGCGACGCAAUAUGGAACCAAUUUCUACUAGGAAGAAUCGGCUUCUUUGCAUGGAGGAUGUUUCUUGACAGGCUACCAACAAAAUUGAAUCUGGAUAGGGGAAAUAUCGAAGCUGAAGGUGGGGAGCUUAUUUGUCCAAUUUGCAAACUUGGGGUGGAAGAGCUAAACCAUGUCCUAUUGCAAUGUGAUCUUGUGAGACAAGUAUGGGCAAAGAUAUUUUUGUGGUGGGAUAUUGAGGCGAGAUUGAUGGGAGCCAUCCAUACUGAUUACAGGCAAAUUAUUAGUGGAUUACUAAUGCAAAGGUGCAAGAGGUAUGGUCUUUUCUAUUCAUCAUCAUUGCUUGGCAUAUAUGGGGGGUUAGGAAUAAUUUAAUAUUCAAGAAGAUAGAACUUUCGGUGGACAAGACUGUUGAAUCAAUUCAAUGUAAAUUGUUUUUGUGGUUGAAGGAUAGAUCAAAAGGAAACCUAUUUUCUAUAUAUGAUUGGAAUUGCAACCCAUUGGGUUGUGCAAAGACAGUGAGGUAGUUAGGUAGUUGGGGUAGAAAGAAAAUAUGAUGCAGAUGGAGAGUCUCACUGAAGCUUAAUAUAAUUGCUAUAAGUAA